AUGAACAAACCAUUGCCCGAAAAAGUGAAGAGAAUCAUGGUGACUGCAAUAAGCUCCAACAACAAACGGAAACGAGAUUUAUUGAAGAAUGAUGAUGAUGGGGGAAUGAUGAUUCUUCGAGAACACUCCGUAGUCGUCAACAAUAAGAAUCAUUAUUGUCCAGAUACUUCGGAAACGGGAAAAUUCCCAUUGAUCAUUAGCUACAAUGGUGGAGACACGGAUUCGACCGCUGCCAGUGAUCUAUCGGAUAGCGAAGAUGAGGCAAACAAGAAACGUGGAAAGAAUAAGAAUAAUGAACGGGUCGUGCUUCGUUUCAGUAUUAUGACCAGCACUACUACGGGAGGCAAUAAGGUAGACGCCAAGGCAAAACCAAAGACGACUCUACAGAAUGUAUUCAAGGCGUAUGCCCAGCAUGCCAAAUACAACCUCCAGGAUCUUCGAUUCUUUAUCAAUGGGAGUCAUCAUGACACUGACAGUCAGCUGCCAGUGUCGAACUUGAAGAGGAACCACAACAACAAUGGUACUAAUGAUUUGGGCAAAACUAGUAGUAUUGGUAGUAGCAUUCUAGUGCAAGUCGUACGACAAGGAACUAGUCGGAAAGCAGCCAAAAAGACGAAAAAAUGCCACAUCUAA